AUGGCGGACUCUACAGGCACACUGAAACCAGGAAUGAGUUUGGAGGAAGGUACUGAUGUUGUGAUGGACUCCGAGAAAACUCCGAGUAAUGAGAGUGGUGGUGACAUUAACACUAAAGGAGAUGCUGCAAUCUCUGCUGACGAGAAACCUGACACUUUUAAGAGACCUGAUAUUUUUGCCGCGCCUUCACUCACUGUCAGAAGAGGUCCGGGAGCCAGUGAAAGCAAGAGGACAGCACCCGAGACAAAAAUUCGCACAGUGAAAGAAGAUUCAGUCACAAAAGUCGAAUCCUUAGACUCACAACAACCUGGAGAAAGCUCGUUCAAUGAAAAUGAAUCAACGAAUAAUGGAGAGAAACCCUCGGAGAGUGAACAGCGAAAUUCGGAGAAGGCAAAGCCUUCAAGUAAGAGAGAGCAUGCACCCGUGAAAACCAAACAAGAGUUUAAACAAAAAUUUCCAGCUAAAGCACCACCGGCUGGUAAAUUUCCACCGCUUCCAUACACAGAACCUCCGUGGGGUGGAGUUGCCGAUAUUUCGUACUCUUUCGAACUGCUAAAAAACGGUGCCAUCCUCGACACUAUUCCACUUACCCAAAGAAGUUACUUUGUAGUGGGUCGUCUACCUGUAUGCGACGUUUCCCUGGAACAUCCCUCUAUAUCCCGCUAUCACGCCAUAGUGCAGUAUCGAGGACGUUCAGGGGAGGAAGGGGUUGUCGGGGAGGAGAUGGGAUUCUAUGUCUACGACCUUGGCAGCACUCACGGAACCUUUCUGAAUAAGAACAAGAUACCACCCAAAACCUACAUAAGGGUACGGGUUGGACAUGUCUUAAAAUUCGGAGGAAGCACCAGACUUUUUAUUCUGCAGGGACCAGAAUUUGAUGCGGAGGAGGAGUCAGAGUUGACCGUCACCGAACUGAAGGAAAGGGCAAAGAAACAACGUGAGGAGCUGGAGAGGAGGAUGAUGGGAGAUGGCUCAGAUGAGGAAGAGGAAAAGGAAGGAGAGGAGACUAGUACUGCUGGAAGAAGUUCCCCAGAGGAGACUGGCUGCUCAUGGGGAAUGGCUGAGGAAGCAGUCCAAGAAGAUGAAAAUGAGGAGAAUCCCUUUGCCACUGAGUUUCAGGAGGACCAGGAGGCUGCCUAUCUUAAGGACCCUAAGAAGGCAUUGCAAGGCUUCUAUGACAGAGAGGGUGAGGAACUUGAAUUUGAAUAUGAAGAAAAAGGCCAUGGCACCUGGCUCUGCAGAAUCAAGUUGCCUGUGGACGAUGCUUUGGGCAGGCAGCUGGUUGCUGAGGUGACCCACACUGGGAAGAAGAAAGAGGCUGCCAUACAGUGCUCUCUAGAGGCCUGUCGUAUUCUAGAGGCUCGUGGAUUACUACGACAGGAAGCAGUGUCCCGUAAGCGAAAGAAAAAGGACUGGGAGCAGGAGGACUUUUAUGAUAGCGAUGACGACACCUUCCUGGAUCGAACUGGUGCUGUGGAGAAAAAGAGGAUGGAGCGUAUGAAGAAGGCUGGAAAGAUUCGAGAGCGACCUGAAACCUAUGACUCCCUGGUGGCCAAACUGGCAGAGGUGGAGAAAGAGUUGGCAGAGACGGAGAAGAGAUUGAGUGCCUCAGCGAAAGGAGGAUCUAAGGCGUCCUCAGAAGACCCACUGGAUGCCUUCAUGAGUGUGGUGCGUAAUGAGGGGGCUCUGGACGGGGUGGAGAGGAAGAAGCUUCACCUGCACAUAGCCGAGUUGCGGAAGGAGGGACAGCGUCUGCGCAAACUGGUGGAGCUGACCCGGCCCACCCAGUUACCCACACUCCAGGCAGGGUCUGCAAGCACAUCCUCUGCUGUGGAGAAACCCAAAAAGCUAUCCAUGCCCCUGUUUGGUGCCAUGAAAGGGGGUAAAAAAUUCAAACUGAAAACCGGAACAAUCGGGACGUUGCCUCCAAAGCGAGCUAACCUGCCCCCUGAGCUCUUCAACAUGAAGGAGCUCCCCCCUGGUGGAGAGGAAGAGGAGGAGGAGGAGGAGGAAGAAGAAGAAGAUGAAGAAGAGGCAGAAGACAAGAACAAGUCCACAGCCACAUCUGAGGACCAAAUGGAGACUUCCCAGCCUGAAGAGACUGCUAUGCAGCAGAGCUCCAUGUCCUCCCCACAGAAACAGAAACCCUCACAGGCAUACAGGACCACAGGCCAGAGAGUUUCUGGGAAACAGACAGCUGCUCAAAGAUCUGCUCCAGUACAUGGAGAUUCAAAAGACACACUGGCUGAAUGUGGAGAAGAGAAUCCUUCACCUUCUAAAGAUGGAGAAAACAACCGAUCGUCAGCCUCACCAAGUCCGCAGAAGACUCAGAAAAAGAAAGUGAUUGGUCCAAGCAGGCCCCCAGCCAGCUUCUCCAAAGAGUACCCACAGGACGAUCCAGACUACUGCGUUUGGGUUCCCCCAGCAGGACAGUCUGGUGAUGGUCGGACACACCUGAAUGAUAAGUAUGGCUACUGAAAUCAGGCUCCUGUCAGCUCAGCGCCUUGUCAGUACUCUUCCUCAGAACCAAGACCACCUUUCUUCUUUGUGGGGAAAAAAAAAGGCCAACAAACAAGUGUUUCCGAUCAAUCUUGAAAUACUAUCCCACUUACAGCCCAGUCCUGGACUGUACUGCACUUACCCUCCAUCUUAAGUGUCUCUCUUCUCUCUGACUGACUGAAGCCUGUGUCAAGAGUUUCUCUUAUCUGGACGUAGAGACACUGAAGAGUGAUUGCGGCUCCUCUUUAAGAGUGUGUAAUCCUCCGAGU